ACAACGCGAGAAAAUGCGGAGUAGCCCUGUCGGAAAUGUAUCCACCAGCGUUUCCCGCCGGACACUUUAUGUGGUUACACACAGAUGGAGAGCACCAGUUCGGCUCUUUGGAUAUAAACUGUAUUUUUAUCGAGAAUUGUGCAGGGCAGCAAUGGAGCCUGAGACUAAGCGGUGGAAAGGGUCAAAGUGCGACGUAAAGGGGUCAAAGUGCGAAGACGAUUCCUGGGUGGCCUUCCCCGUCCUGUCAGACGAGCAGUCAGCAGACAUGGAGCUGGUGGAGGCCUUCGCCGCGCCCAUCCUCAACAGGAAGGCGACGUCUCGGCUCGUCAGGGAGCUGAACGGCGUCUAUCCGCUGACCGGCCUGCAGCACGUGAAGCGGGUCCGGGCCUGCCGGGCCGAGGACAGUCCCCACCCUCUGGAGGUCCUGCUCUGCCUGCUGAGCGACGCGCCGAACCCGGCGGACGCCAGCAUCCCGUCUCUGCUGCCCGCAGGCAGCUGGGAGGGGCUGGGCGAGCCGUUUGUGGUGAAGGUCCCAGCGCGACCCCCGCUGACCCGGCCGCAGUUCGAGCUGGCGAGCCGCCGCUGGCCCACGACUUUCCAUGAAGACAAGCAGGUGACGGUGGCGCUGCGAGGGGAACUGUUCGGCCCCCAACAGAGAGCCCUGAUGCACACCUUCAUGGCGUCCGCCGUGGCCGCCGCCAGAGCUGCGGCGCAGCUGGGGAUGGAGGCGGUGGGGGCGGCGGUGGUCGACCCCGAGACGCAGCGGGUCGUCGCCGUCGGUCACGACCGGCGAGGCGAGUACCCGCUGCAGCACGCAGUCAUGGUCUGCAUCGACCUGGUGGCGCAGAGCCAGGGAGGCGGCUGCUACCGCCAUGACGGGUACGACGCCUGCCGCUUCGCCCCUACAGACCCCCAACCAGAGGGGGGCGCUGUGCCGUACAUCUGCAGCGGGUACGACCUGUACGUCACCAGGGAACCCUGUGUCAUGUGCGCCAUGGCGCUGGUGCACUCGCGCAUCGGCCGGGUUUUCUACGGCGCCGCCGCCGCUGACGGAGCUCUGGGGACGAGAUUCAAGAUCCACACGCAGAAAGACCUGAACCACCGCUUCCAGGUGUACAGGGGGGUCCUGAGGACGCAGUGUGAGGAUCUGACCAGCAGGGGGCGUGUAUGACGACAGCAUGCGGACGUUUCAAUGCUGAAACUAGAAGAAGGGAUUUUAUUUUCUACAAGAUGUUUUUUAUUUUGAAUAAAGUUGUAAUCUUUUGA